AUGCGUAGCGUAUUUUUUUUGUUGAAGAAGCUGCGUUUUUGCCGUAACGCCGCAGGCUUGCCGUCUCUCCGCGCUGUCAUACACAGACCGUUCGCGGGCUUCUUUGGCUAUCACGGUCUUUCCCAGGCUAAGUUCAGUGUGCAGGUAGCAUCAAAUUUCUCUCUGUAUUGUAAUAGGCGCGCCUACAACCCCGCCCGUAACAUCGACUGGGUCGGCAUAAAGCGCCAAUGGCGGGCUAAACAACUGUUGAUGAAGAAGCGCAAGCUAAAAAACCACCCGCGCGUAGCUUUAAGGUUCAGGCUGACCCGUUUCGGCUGGGAGCGCUUGCAACAGGGUCGACGAGGGAAGAAAUUACACCUAUCUGCGCAACAACGCCGCAACAAGAAGCGCAUCAGGUUUGUAUCUAGACACGAUCUCGUGAAGCUGGCGAGACAGAUGCCGGGUCAUAGGCUUCGUAUACGUGAUCCGCCAUUGAUCAAUAGCCCCAACAUCCAGCACUUCCGCCGUAGCAUAAACAAAUAUUUCGCGUAA